AUGGAUAGAAAUCAUAAACCGUUGAGAAUAAAUCUUCUAAAAGCUGGGACCCUCCAAGCUAGUGCUGGAGAGCACGUGCUCCAGACAGAUGUCCAUUCCGCUGGCCAUGAUGGACUAAGCCUGCCAGCCCUGGUAGACUGCCCCCAGGACAGCCCUCGAAAGUCUGGGACCCUCCAAGCUAGUGCUGGAGAGCAAGUGUUCCAGACAGAUGUCCAUUCCGCUGGCCAUGAUGGACUAAGCCUGCCAGCCCUGGUAGACUGCCCCCAGGACAGGCCUCGAAAGGCUGGGACCCUCCAAGCUAGUGCUGGAGAGCAAGUGUUCCAGACAGAUGUCCAUUCCGCUGGCCAUGAUGGACUAAGCCUGCCAGCCCUGGUAGACUGCCCCCAGGACAGGCCUCGAAAGGCUGGGACCCUCCAAGCUAGUGCUGGAGAGCAAGUGUUCCAGACAGAUGUCCAUUCCGCUGGCCAUGAUGGACUAAGCCUGCCAGCCCUGGUAGACUGCCCCCAGGACAGCCCUCGAAAGGCUCGGACCCUCCAAGCUAGUGCUGGAGAGCAAGUGUUCCAGACAGAUGUCCAUUCCGCUGGCCAUGAUGGACUAAGCCUGCCAGCCCUGGUAGACUGCCCCCAGGACAGGCCUCGAAAGAACCUUGUGCCAAAGCCCCCGCAAGGCCCCGGGCCCAGCCGAGAGGCCAAUAUAGCAAAGGCAGAAAAGAAGGCCAGAGAGGCUAUCAAGGCUAGAAGGGCUAGGGAGGCUAAGGCAGGGGUGAAAAAACUAAGCCGCCAAGUAGUUGGUGUGUUGGCACUGCCUCAAACUCUUCUAUCUCGAACAACCAGUUACAGUGUCCUGCCAGCUAUCAAGAAGGGCACUAAAGUUACUAAAAUGGAGACAACAGAACCCCUAUGUCCCUUGACACCUGAUGGGGAGAUAAUGAUGACGACCACCCAUGCAGCACGGGCAGCUCCUUCCCAGACCCUGGAAGAAGAGGUGGGGGGAGCUGAGGUCUCCGAGAUGAGUGACAGCUCCCUGAUGCCCACCAAGAACAGGCAGGACUCCCUGGAGAAGAUUCCCUCCCUCCUACCAGGCAAGGAGGACAUCCUCCUUCGCAGCACUCCCUGUGCCACCGUCAUGAGUCCCCAGACUCUGAAGUUUAUUCUCCAUGGCAUCAUGUGCCAACUGGAGGCCUCAGAGUCCCCCCAGACAAGGAGGGCCAAUGACCCCUUCAGGCUGAUGAAGGAUCUCUUUGUGGAGGUCCAGCAUGCCCUGAAGAAUGCUGACAUCUCUGUCGUCUUUGGCCUGGAGGAGAGCAUCCAAUUCAGUGGGCAGGAUGCGGUGAAGGCCAUCGUGAAGACUGCGGCUAAAAGAUUGUCCCUGCGUUCGGACUCCAACCGGGCUCAACUGCGUGCCGCACGCUCUGGUAGCGAGGGAGCCAUCGGGUGCAUGGCGGACACCAUCACACAAGUCAUAGAUGACUAUUCCGAGAACUGGAGUUCCGACGGCCAUUUUGGAGCCAGGAGGAGCCGUGCUAGUGGGAGAUCACACUCCUCAACCUCCUCAAGGAGUGACGUCACCCUCACCGAGGAGCUCCUGGCUUGGAGGGAAACCCUAGAAGAGGACCUAGAGGAGAUGGCUGAUGACAGCACUGGUUUGGAAAAGACCAGUGUAAGCUCAGCCAUCUCUGAGAAGUCCCAGGUAAUUAGCUACCUUUCUGAAAGCACCAAGCCCAUCAGCAGCGCCCUCUCCACAGACCUCAAGGACAUCACCUCCACACAGAAAGAGAAGGAAGAGGCUACGAAGAAAGAAGUGAGGAAGUCAGGAAAGAAGAAGCGAGGAAAUAACAAGGACCAGAAGAAGAACAAGGUGUCUCCUCUUGGCAAUGAUAGUAUUGUAGCUGCAGAUGAGCCUAAGAAAAAACAGGCUCUCCUCCCGCGGAUCACAGCCGCCCUGGCAAAACUAUUUUGCUUCCCCUGCAAGUGCCAUCACACAAACCGAAACAGGCAAAAGCCUACGUAA